GGUCCAGCAUCUCCGAAGUCUAGGCGGUUCCAGCAGUUUGACAUAACCUCUAACUCUCUAUAUACCAACUGGUAAAUAUCGUGUUGUGCUGGAAAAUAUUGAAACUGUUUAGUGUGCAGCGGAAUGUUUGAUUUUUCUUGAUGUGCCUUGAAUUCGGUGGGUACAAUAAUAUCCAGAAAUGUGAUAAUCCCCUAUUAACAAUCGAGUGAAAUAACAGACAAUAAUGGCACAAUUCGUUACCCACAUUCAACCAACUUUGGUUGAAGCCUCUCAUCAUCAUCUUCCCCAUCAUUAUAAAGAGCAUAAGGAACACAAGGACCACGAUAAACAUCACAAAGAUUACCACUCUAAAGAUCAUCAUUCCAAAGAUCACCAAGACGAAAAGAAACAUGGCAAAUCCACAAAAUCGGACCAUCACCAUCGUCAUGAGUCCAACGCGGAAUCUUUGAUGAAAGAUACACAAGUACAUCAAGGACACCCGAGAGAAUUUCCAGUUCUUCCUCAUACUCAUCCAGAAGGUCACCAUCACGAUCACUCCCAUGAACACCAGAAGGAACGAAAGAGAGAUUCGGGAAGCUAUGUCGAUUCCCAUGGAAACCAGCAUACUUUUCAGCUUCACUUCGUCGAUUCUCAAGGUAUCCACAGGGACUACCAUGGACAUGCAAUUGAUGAUAAUCAUCCGAAGGAUUAUUCAGAUAGAGAGAAGCAUAAGGAGAAGAGAGCUUCUGUUGAAGAUAAGUCACCUCUGAGGAGCAUCAGUGAGAGACCUACACCUCCUAAAUUCAUCGAUCUGCAUUCGGUACAUUCCGAAAAUAAAAUUUCUGAUGGAAAUACGUCCUUUUUGCGGGCAGCACGCAAUGGCCAACUAGAAAAAGUACUAGAAUAUCUAAAAACUAACAUUGACAUCAACACAAGCAAUGCGAAUGGUCUAAAUGCACUGCACUUGGCAUCUAAAGACGGACAUGUGGAAAUAGUCGAAGAGCUCCUCAAGAGAGGAGCAAUCGUGGAUGCGGCAACGAAGAAAGGAAACACAGCACUACACAUAGCUUCUCUUGCCGGACAAGAGGAAGUUGUUAAGCUUUUAGUUCAACAUGGAGCUUCCGUUAACGUACAAAGCCAGAAUGGCUUCACUCCAUUGUAUAUGGCAGCGCAGGAAAAUCACGAUAACGUUGUCAAGUUCCUCUUGGCUAACGGGGCUAACCAAAGUUUAUCCACUGAGGAUGGUUUCACACCAUUGGCAGUGGCUAUGCAGCAAGGACACGAUAAGGUAGUGACCGUUUUACUGGAGAACGAUACCAGAGGAAAAGUUAGGCUUCCUGCUUUACACAUUGCUGCUAAGAAAGAUGACGUGAGGGCUGCAAAACUUCUCCUAGAGAAUGACCACAACCCUGACGUAACUUCAAAAUCGGGAUUCACCCCCCUACACAUAGCUUCACAUUACGGAAAUCAACCGAUUGCCAACCUGCUAAUUCAGAAAGGAGCCGACGUGAACUAUUCUGCCAAGCAUAACAUCACACCUUUGCACGUGGCAGCGAAAUGGGGAAAGAGCAAUAUGGUGUCUCUCCUGCUCGAGCAAGGUGCACAUAUCGAGGCGAGAACAAGGGAUGGUUUGACCCCGUUGCAUUGUGCAGCGAGGAGCGGGCACGAGCAGGUUGUGGAUAUGCUUUUGGAGAAGAGUGCUCCUAUUAGUUCUAAGACAAAGAACGGCCUAGCACCAUUACACAUGGCAGCACAAGGAGAUCACGUGGAUGCCGCACGAAUCCUUCUGUACCAUCGCGCUCCUGUGGACGAGGUAACUGUGGAUUACUUGACAGCGCUUCAUGUGGCCGCCCAUUGUGGACAUGUUAGGGUGGCGAAAUUAUUGCUCGAUCGUCAGGCAGAUGCAAACGCUCGAGCCUUGAAUGGUUUCACCCCUCUUCACAUAGCCUGCAAAAAGAAUAGGAUAAAAGUUGUCGAACUCCUUCUCAAUCACGGCGCAUGUAUUGGAGCUACGACCGAAAGUGGUUUAACUCCUUUGCAUGUGGCCAGUUUCAUGGGUUGCAUGAAUAUCGUCAUAUACCUUCUUCAACAUGACGCUAGUCCGGAUAUACCAACUGUACGGGGUGAAACGCCCCUUCAUCUAGCGGCAAGAGCCAAUCAAACUGACAUCAUCAGGAUUCUCCUCAGGAAUGGUGCACAAGUGGACGCGCGUGCUCGAGAACAGCAAACUCCUUUACAUGUAGCCUCUCGUCUAGGAAAUGUCGAUAUCGUUAUGUUGCUCUUGCAACAUGGCGCUAAGAUUGACAACACAACAAAGGAUAUGUAUACGUCAUUGCAUAUCGCCGCGAAAGAAGGUCAAGAUGAGGUUGCUGCUGUACUGAUCGAGAACGGAGCUUCCUUGAAUCCAACAACAAAGAAAGGCUUCACACCCCUACACCUAGCGUCCAAGUAUGGACAUCUCAAGGUCGCCAAGCUGUUAGUACAGAAGGAGGCACCGGUUGAUGCUCAGGGAAAGAACGGCGUAACCCCGUUGCACGUGGCGUCUCAUUACGAUCACCAAAACGUUGCCUUAUUGCUUUUGGAGAAGGGGGCUUCCCCGCACGCGGAGGCCAAGAAUGGCCACACACCUCUGCACAUUGCCGCCCGUAAGAAUCAGAUGGACAUAGCGAACACUCUUCUGGAGUACGGGGCGAAGCCGGACGUUGAGAGUAAAGCUGGGUUCACACCUCUACAUCUUAGCUCGCAGGAGGGGCAUGUUGAAAUAUCUUCGCUUCUGUUGGAACACAACGCCACCCCUGAUUUUCAGUCGAAGAAUGGCCUUACGCCUAUGCACUUAUGCGCACAAGAGAACAAAGUAUCAGUCGCAGAACUGUUGCAUAAAAACGGUGCUGAAAUCGACAAACAAACGAAGGGUGGUUACACCCCCUUACACAUAGCAAGCCACUACGGGCAAGCUGAUAUGGUGAAAUUCUUGUUGUCGAAGGGAGCCAAUGUAAAAGCCACAACCUCCCUUGGAUAUACACCACUUCAUCAGGCAGCCCAGCAAGGCCACACAAAUAUUGUCAACCUCUUAUUGGACAAUUCUGCACAACCCAAUGCAGUUACGAACAACGGACAAACCCCGUUACAUAUUGCCCAAAAAUUGGGCUAUAUCACAGUCAUCGAUACCUUGAAAAAGGUCACGGAAACGGCUCAGAGUCCAGUUUCAUCGGAAGAGAAAUAUCGCGUUGUUGCACCAGAGCUGAUGCAUGAGACUUUCCUAUCUGACUCGGAAGAAGAAGGCGAAGACACAUUACUUGGCGACCAAACAUAUCGAUAUCUGACUGCAGAUGAGAUGAAAUCUUUAGGAGAUGACUCUUUACCCAUUGACGUCACAAGAGACGAAAGGGUCGACUCGAACAGAAUGGUGGGAAGUGACGACCCUAAUGCCUUCCCUCCAAGGCAUAUAGAAGACGCAAUAAGCCCCGAACACAUUCAUCCAAAUUAUGUCGAAUAUAUCAAGAAAGCUACAGAUAAUGUAGACCUUUCGAGACAUCCAGUAAAUAUCGGGAAAUUGCAUUGGAGAAAUUUCUUGGUAUCGUUCCUGGUAGAUGCAAGAGGAGGUGCCAUGCGUGGUUGUAGACAUUCUGGAGUCAGAGUGAUAGUGCCUCCACGUUGUGCUCCAAGCCCUACCAGGAUAACAUGUAGAUACGUUCGACCUCAACGAACACCUCAUCCUCCGCCUCUUAUGGAGGGAGAAGCAUUAGCUAGCAGGGUCUUGGAGUUAGGACCAGUCGGCGCUAAAUUUUUAGGACCAGUCAUAAUAGAAGUUCCACAUUUUGCUGCACUUAGAGGAAAAGAACGAGAAAUAGUUAUUUUGAGAUCAGACAAUGGCGAGUCUUGGAAGGAACAUACUGUCGAAGCAACAGAAGAUGUUUUGAACGAAGUUCUAAGAGACAGUUUCGAAGCUGAAGAUUUGCAUCAGUUGGAGGAUAACUCCAGCGGACGUACAACAAGAAUAAUAACACAAGAUUUCCCUCAGUAUUUUGCUGUGAUAUCUAGAAUAAGACAAGAAGUGCAUGCUAUUGGACCUGAGGGAGGAAUGGUAUCCAGCACGGUAGUACCGCAAGUUCAGGCUGUAUUCCCACAGGGGGCGUUAACGAAGAAGAUCAAAGUGGGACUUCAGGCCCAGCCCAUAGACCCUGAACUAACGGCUAAACUCCUUGGUCACGGAGUGGCAGUAUCUCCUGUCGUCACUGUAGAACCAAGGAGGAGGAAGUUCCAUAAAGCAAUCACUUUGAGUAUGCCAGCUCCGAGAGCACAUUCGCAAGGAAUGAUCAACCAAUAUUCCGGCUCUGCUCCAACACUGAGAUUACUCUGUUCGAUAACAGGUGGAACAUCCAGAGCACAAUGGGAGGACGUAACAGGAUCCACACCAUUGACUUUCGUGAACGAUUGUGUGUCAUUCACGACCACUGUAUCUGCCAGAUUCUGGUUGAUGGAUUGCAGAAACAUCGGUGAUGCUACAAAGAUGGCUACUGAGCUAUAUAGGGAAGCUAUUCACGUACCAUUCAUCGCGAAAUUCGUGGUGUUUGCAAAGAGAAUUGACCCACUGGAAGCAAGACUGCGAGUUUUCUGCAUGACGGACGACAAGGAAGAUAAAACUUUAGAAUAUCAAGAGCAAUUCACGGAGAUAGCGAAGAGUAGAGAUGUUGAAGUAUUGGAAGGAAAAUCUCAGUUUAUUGAAUUCGCUGGCAAUCUGGUACCGAUUACCAAAAGCGGAGAACAGCUCCAAUUCUCGUUUAGAGCCUUCAAGGAGAACCGAUUACCUUUCUCGGUCAGAGUGAAGGAUCAACAUGCUGAGGCUGUUAGUAGGUGUCUCUUCAUGAGGGAACCAAAGGUCCAGAAAGGAGAACCACCUCAGCAGCCGAUCUGCAUACUAAACAUUGUCCUACCUGAUGAUAUCGUAUCCGAGACUAUCUCGUUAACAGAUUCCGAUUCCGUCAGAAAGAGAUACUAUGCCAACGAAAACUUCGAUUACUACAGACAAGAUCCCAGAUUAGCAGAUAUGAGCAAUCUGCUCGGGGAAGACUGGGUUGAGCUCGCCAAUCAACUGGGAUUAACAAGUUCGGAAAUAAACGUGAUAAAAUCUGAAUAUCCCGACAGUGUAGCGAAACAAGCUCAAUCUAUGCUGCGGAUGUGGUUGUCGCAAUCCGGAAACAGAGUACAAACGAACACAUUAGAAAAUGCCUUGCGUAGGAUAGGUAGAGACGAUAUAACAAAUCAGUGCCUGAAUGUAGACAAUAGGAAUCAAGAGAUCUUGAGAAUCAGAUCAGAGGAGAAAGAAAAACACAGACUGAUAAGUGAAAAUUUAAUAGAGGAUAGACCUAGCCAGGAGAAAUACAUCAAGGAAGAGAAAGUGACUAAGACUUUCUCGAAGAACGUAGAUAAAUAUUCUGCAGAGGAGAAAACUUUCGAGCCAUCAGACGAAGAAGAAGAAGAUUUCAAUAAAAGUGUACCUGAGAGACGAGAACAAAUCGUCAAGAGACUUUCAACUGAAAGAACUAUUCCGGCUUCUUCACAAAGAGUUGAAAUUGUCCAGGAGAUAACUUCUAUCAAACGGCAAAGUCUUGUCGAAGACAAAAUCGCGGAGGUUCAACAAAAGGCAAAUAUAGAGCCGAUGAGAAUAACCAUGGUGAAACCAGUUUCAAAAAUUAUCCAAGAAAAAACUAUUUCUGAAAAGAAAGAAUCUGAUAUAACGCCUCAUGUUGAGGAAAGAAUAGAUAAAACACAAAUCGACGCACAAAAUACAGAAAAGAAGAAGGAUCCUAAUAUUAACAAUCUGGAUAAUCAAGAGAAACCCGACAGAAGGGAUUCGGUGCUACUAGAAGAAGUGACCCAGCUGCUGGAGACCAAAAAGCCGGUUUCUAAGCUUGCUAACCAAGAAGAUCCUAAGUCACCUAAAUUCUCACAAACACCACCACCGAGUCCAGCAGAUUUCAUCAAAGAGAAACAGGCAACCACAAUCCAAGAAUGGAAUGCAAUUGAAGAUACCCAGACGUCCUCAAAGUCGCAAGGUGAUACCGUCGAAGAGGAUAAAACAGACACAUCCUGCAAAGAACUAACGGAAGCUUCACAAAAUUUCCCAACUAAUACUCAACCUCCCCAGCCAAAGCCCAGACAGCAGAAGUCUAAAGAACAGAUAGAAGAAGAGCCAACAGAAACUGACAUAGCAACAAAACAAUUAUCACCUGUUCGAGAUGACCUCUUGGAUGAUACGGUUAAGACGGAUGAUAUAUCAUAUCAAGACAAGAAGAAGUUCUGGGAGAAUAUCGCCAAAGAACCUUCAAGAAAACAGGUUGAAGUUGCACCGUUUACCAAGAGGAAUUCAGUUCAAGAAAUUGGCACUCCACCAAUACCCAAACCCAGGGGCACUCUACAGUCAUCAUACAGUAUUGCAGAGACUACAACAGAAAAGAUAUCCAUGGAUGACUCGAUUCUUUCCAUGAAAGAUAGGUCUGAACCGAAGAAGAUUGAUCGAAUCGAAGAAACGAAAAUUACUGAAAUUGAGGCACCCGAAGUCAUUUCUAUCGAUGCACAAUCAAAAGAAACUAUUCAAGAAGUGCCAUCAAAGGAAGUUAAAAAAUCUGAAAGUGUUGAAACUGAGGACUCUAGUAGUCAAGGAGGAGAUAAUGCUGGAUAUAUAUCAGAUAGUGGAGAUGUUGAACAAUAUAUUUCGGAUUCAGAAAUUGAAGACAGAGUGCCACAAAUCCGUGAAAGACAAAUGAGUGUUUUUGUCCCUCCGUCAGUAUCUCAGAGAACACGAUAUGAACGGUCAGCUUCACUACCAACUGAAGAUUUAUAUGAGGUUUCUGCUAGAAGUACAAAACUGAGAAAACAAUAUUAUGAAGAACAAAUAAAGAAAGAAAUGAUAAAAGAGCAACUAACCAUAGAACUGGAAGAUGAAGGUUCCCCUGAGAGAAAAUCUAUUGCUUCACCAGAAGGGAAACCUGAAGAAACUAGUUCAGUUAUACCAAUUGAAGUUCCAACAAAUGAUAGAGAAGAUGUCAUCUUCGAAUCCGAACAAGAACACGAAGAAGACUCUGCAGCAGAACAACAAAAUGUAUUUGCAGGAAAAGACGAAACAGUGGAAAUACACGUUGAUAAAAGUGAAACAGAAAAAUCAGAAAAGCUGAUAGAAAUCAUUCCUCAUGCUUAUGAACAAGACAUCAUAUCUCCAAGCCACAUGCAGGAUAAUAUACCAGAAAUUACAUAUACUUUGUCUGGAAUACAAAAGAGGAUAAGUGAAGAAAGCGAAGAUGAUGACAAUGAAAAGAUACCAGAAAUAACUUAUACCUUAUCUGGAAUACAAAAAAGAAUAAGCGAAGAAAGCGAGGAUGAAGACAAUGAAAAAAUACCAGAAAUAACUUACAGUUUAUCUGGAAUACAGAAGAGAAUGAGCGAAGAAAGUGAAGAUGAUGAAAUUAUAAAACCAGUUCUUGACCAAGUACAAAAAGUGGAAUCAGAUGAUACUCAGGAGAAAUUACGAAGAGAAGAGAUAACUGAAGAAAUAAGUGAUCAUUCACCAGCUCAUGAAGCCUCUACAGAAAAAUUAUGUUCUGAGGCAGAAUCCAUCAAGACAUCUCAAUCAACUGAGGAAUUGAAAGGAAUGGAUUUCCAAACAGAGGCUAUUCCACAAAUUGAGAAGAAACUGGAAUCAACUGUUGAACAGCAAAUAUCAGAACUUCAAACACAACAAAAAGAAACAGAGCAUCUCGAAGAAAUCGAAACUCAAUUGAAGAAAGUCCAUGUGGACGAACCUGAAGCUUCAGUCACAUCUCAUCAAGGUGGUGUAAAAUCUUCGAGUGGGCAGGUAGAAUGCCUACAACAACAAAAAGAAACAGAACAUCUCGAAGAAAUCGAAACUCAAUUGAAGAAAGUCCAUGUGGACGAACCUGAAGCUUUAGUCACAUCUCAUCAAGGUGGGGUAAAAUCUUCGAGUGGAGAGGUAGAAUGCCAGGAAAAGAAAAUAGAAGAGUCUGGGCAUAAAGAAACCAUGGCUUUAGCAGCUGAAAAGGAAAAGUUAUCAACUGAAACCAUUUUGGAUGAUAGUAUUGCAGACAUAGAUUUGGAGAGUGAAGAUCUAAAACAGAUAGUUUCUCGAUUAGAGAGUAUGCACAAAUUCAGAAAACUGAAAGGCAAAUCAUCAGGAAUACCAAAACCAAUAGGAAAGAUUCAGAAAGUAACAACAAGUGUAGAUAUUCAAACCAAGGUUGAGAGCUCCAAAGGAGAAUCAAAGCAAGAAGAAACCAAGAAAACUAUAUUGCAAUCUAAAGAAGAAAUAAAAAUUGCAGAUGAAGCUUCACUUUCUACCCAAGAACAACCAAAAGGACAAAUAUCGAUGAAAAAUGUGGAUCAACAAACAACGAAAAUUGCAUCAGAAGUUGAAAGCUCAAAAACAAUCGAUGAUCAAUGCACUCGACUGAAAUCACCUGCAGAUAUUUCAAAGCCUCUUUGUGAUAAGGUUACAACCGAGGUCGAAUCAAUAAUCAAAGAAACAAAAUCAGUGACAGAAACUGUUAGCGUUUCUUCAGAGUUACAUGAUGAAACUUCAACCCAUAUACUACAUACAGUGAUAGAUUCGAAGUUAUCAGAAGAAAUUAUUAAAGAAGAUGAUAACUAUAAAACAAAAAAAAUUGAAACUGCCUCUGAGACAACCGAGAUAAUUAAAACUGUCCAAGAUAUAAAUACUGAGAUAACUUCAGAAAAACAAAAACUCACCGAAGGAAUUGAAGAAUUGAAGUUAGAGACCGAAAAGACAUUGGAAACUGAAACUAAUAAAUUUUAUGAAACUAAAAUAAACGAAGAUAUUAAACACACAAGAAAGACUGUAGAGAUAGUUGAGAGUGAAUUUUCAUCUGAUAACAAAAAAUCUGAAACAACGAAACAAGACAUCAUCUCAUCUGAAAUUGAACCUUCACAUGAAGGUCUGAAGAGUCCUUCAAAAGAAAUUCGCCAAAUGCAAUUAACAGGAGAACACUCACCCAAAGAAGAUGAUACCCAAAAGCAAUUCGAUAGAGAACGUUCCUCUGAAAGGAGUCAAAUAACUGAAAUCAUGGAAUCAGACAUCAUAUCCAAAACUUUACCGUUGAAUGAAAAAUUGGAGAGUCCUCAGAAAGAAAUAUUUGCAAGCCAAAUUAAGGAGGCUGAGCCAUCCUCAGAAAUUAAAUCAGAAGAAGGUACCCAAGUCAAAUCAUCAGAAUUUUCAAUCGAUCAGGAAAUUACCUCUACUCCAAACCAAUCAAAGGCAGACAAAGUGAAUAGUUACACCAUUAUAAAUCAACCUCAAGAGAAUAUUGAAAAUACAGUAUGGGAAGUGUCAGUGGAAUCAGAAACGUUGAGAGAGGAAAAAUUAACUUCCCUACCCACAUCGUUCAAAGGAGAUUCCGCAGAAACAAAAUCAGAUUCCAUAUCUGAGAAAGUCAACGACUCCAAAUUCCUCGAUGAAAAUACAACAGACGAAACAAAUUUGGAAUCAGAGAAGUUAGAUCAAGAAAGAUCUGAUUCUUUAAACUCCAAUAAGUUAGAGUAUGAUGGUCACGAUGAUAUGAAAAGGAUUAUAUUGGAAAGUUUGCAUCAACAAAAAGUGGAUCCCGAAGAAGCAAGGAUGAUCGCUAAUUCUCUUAUAGAAGAGAUUGAAUCUGAAAUCCAAAAGGUUGAAAGAUUCAACAGAGGUCUUUCUAGUAAGAGUGAUUCUUUAGAAUCAGAGAAACAUGUGACCGAUUAUUUGAAGGAACUGGCGGAAUCGAAGGGUCUCGAUCAGAGGGAAGUAGAGCUAGUUGAAUCCGUGCUGGAAAGACGUCAGAGGCAAAUAUCGAAGUUGAGUAGAGGGGACACACAGGCCUCUAGUAUGGAGAUAACUGAUGAGGAUCUGCGAUAUAGUGAGACAGAUUAUGACUAUUCUAACGUUUUACAGCAACAAAUGGGACAAUUAGAGGCUGAAUACAGUGAUCAUCUGAAGAAUGUAUAUGAUUCUUUGGUAGAAGACCAAAGUAGUAUUAAUACUUCAGUACAAAAUGUUUCACUCCCCAAUCAAGACGAUCAAGAUGCUAAUAAUAAAAAUAAAGAUGAACAGAUGAGGAUCGAAAAAACACACAUGCACCAAAGAGAUAUCAUUUUAGAGGAAGAUGAAAAUUUUAACGAAUCAUCGAUAGAUGAACUUUCUGAUCUGAAAACAAAACCUGAAACUACCGAUCCAACUAAAGUAGGUGGAGAAAAUAUUGAUCCAUUGCAAGCUCAAGGAGAAGUAAUUAUAUCUGUAGAUAACAACCAACAAUCGAAUAUACACGAACUGAUACAACAAGGUGAAAUGAAAACGGAUAAGAUUCAAGAUCUAAACAGAGAUAUUCAAUCACAAGAAAUGCACACAGUUGAGAAAUAUUCGACAAGUGAAAAAGAAGAUUCCAAAGAAAGCAUCAAGCGGACUUCUAGUUCCGAUUCCAAAUCGAGUAUUGGAUCUAGUAAGACUCCAGAAGAUUUAUAUUCUACAUGUUCGAGUAAAAAAAUAGACUCUGAAACAUCCUCAGAAGUAGUGUUCAGAAAAUCGAAGAGACACGAUGAUGCGAAAAAGGUAGAUAGAAAGUCUGCAUUAGAUCUGGAAGCUUAUUCCAGUUCUGGGGAGAGUCAUUAUCACAGCUUUGAGAUAGAUAAUAAGAGCAGGCCAUGUUCGUCUGAUAUAGAAGGAAUAUUGCCCACCGGAUCUUCGGAAUAUGAAUCAGCUCUGAAUUCUCAGGAUCUAUCCAUGAAGUCUCAGAUGACCUCUGCGGAAUAUCAUACUGCUAUCAGUAGUUUGAGUUCGAAAGAGAGUAUGAUGAGUAUUGAGAGCGAAUGUUCCGGAAAUUUAGCUAGCAUUGAAGUAUCGGAAACAUCUGAAACCCUGGUACCGACAAACAGCGACCUUGAAGGAGAUAUGGAUGAUCAACAGAUGUUCGAUGACAGUGAGCUUUGGCCAUCAUCAUCGGAAUUUGAAAGUAAUGACAACAUAACAGAAGAUCAAAUAAAUCAAUCUUUAUCAUCGCAACCUUCUUCGACAGAAAACGUAGAUAUUCCUUCCAAAAUGAAACGAUCUCAUGAGAUGACUUUCCAACCUGAACCCAAAGUUCCAGCCACAGAUUCACUACACACUGAUCCAAAUGACAUCGAAGAAAAGUUUGGCACAAGUCUUGAUGAUGCCAGUGCACUGAGCGUGAGUUUAUCAAGUACCUCCAGUGCUCAGUUACGGACUGUGAUAGAGCUUUCUAGAACUGAAUCUGGAGGCCCCGAGGAAAGUUUAACGUCAGCAUUUUCCGAGCAUGUCAGUUUGGAUGAUGACCUUCCUAUUAAAUAUCCAGAGAAUAUUGCAUUCGUUGAUUCCUCAACUUCAACAAAUACAAUAUGUAAGGAACCAAUAGAAUCGGUAACCAUUCUAUCUGCAACUAUAACCGAUAAUGGAGUAUCGAGUGUUUGCAGUCAAGUCACCACUGAACCAGCACCUUCUUCAGAAGGUCAGAAACCGAACCAUGAAGAAUUGAAGAAAAAAGGACAUCGUCGUCAGGAAAGUACCUCUUUCAUCCCGUCUCUGAUACAUGGCGUCAUCAAACCCUCUGAACCUCAAACGCUUUUUGAAAUAGAACAGAAGACCGAACAUGCAGUCGAUGCUGAAGCUCCAACUGAAAGAAUAGAAAGAAGCAGUAUUGAAAAAGCGAUAGAUCUUUCCAUUAAGCGAGAAACUAGCGAAAGGAGAGAUUCUCAUGGAAAAUCCAGCAGCACUUCGAGCGAAAAAUCGAGCUUCGAAGAGGCUGAAGCUGAAGCAGCAUUCAAUAUGGUAGCCCACAUUUCUCCAGUGCACAAAAUUAAGCAAAUCUGUCCUAUCAUAGAGGAUAUUGAUGCAGAGAAAAUUGAAUCAGAAGCCAAAGAGCGCGCCGAAAGAGCAAGAAUCGAAAGAGCUCAGCAAUUGAAAGAUGCGAGUCCUGGAUCAAUACCGGACAUAAAAGUAACAGAACAUAUGGCUCCUUUAGAUGAAAGUAAUUUCAGAUAUCCGGAAUUAGAAAUUGAACGUGAAGAAUUGGAGCGAGAGAACAGAAAAGCUCAAGAUGAUGAAAGUCCUCUGGCCAUUGAAGCUGAGAAGCCGAUAGAUACAGAAGAUAUUACUAUCGAUAGUUUGGAAGAUGAUGAAUGUGAAAUUAAAGAGGAACCAUCGAAAGCACCAAUAACUGAAGAAAAGGCAACGAAAGAAGUCAGUUCUGUGAGUAAGAACAGAUGUGAUGAUGAUCGAGCAUCUGAUUCACCAAACAGUGACUCUUUCGAGUUAGUGGAUAGACCUGAUAUUAUAGAUGAUUUCGUUGUAAUAGAAGAAAUAGGAAAAGAAGCCAGUGAGAUGGACUCAGAAGGAAAAAGUAUGGCAAUUCAAUCGAAGUCAAAAUCUCAUAGAAAGAGAGAUGAAGAAAUAGAUGCAUAUCUUGCUAGAUCUGAUCCUACACCGUUAACAAAAAUGACUGAAUUGAAAUACUUCCCUGAUGCCAAUUAUGAUCUAGAAUUCGAAUUCGAAGAUAGUCCACCUCAAGCACAUGGAGAUACAAACACAAAAGACUAUGGAUCAAAGUAUGAUAAAGAAUUAGAAGCGAAUAGAAAAUGGAUAGAACAACAAUUCCAUGGUGAUCACGCAGCCAUGACAGCUGCAGGGUAUGGUUAUGAGAUGGAAUUUGAAAGGGGUCCUUUGGAAGACAUAAAAGAGGAGGACAUCAAUGACAUCGACUUGGCGUCUAGUCGGAUUGGUAGUCUAGGUUCACAAAAAGAUUCAGGUGGUAGUGGAAGCGUGAAAGAUUCCUAUUCUAGUACCCCUGAAUACGACGUUCUUGCUGGAAGAAGAUACUUCACGAGAUCAGUGGAACAUGAUGAUAUCUCCAUGUCAAGUUUACAAGAAUUCGAGAAUUUAGAAAGGGCGAUGUCGUUAGAGACUAAAAGAAUAUACCACGGUUCCGGAUCUCAGGAAUCUUCCAGCAAUGGAAGUUUUAAAACACGUUAUUAUUCGAAUAAGGGCCAAGGUGACGACAUAUCUGUGAGCUCUCUCAAAGAGUUCGAAGGUUUGGAAAGAGCCUGUAUUGCAGUGUACAAAACCGAAAUUAAAGUUAAAGAAGAAGAAGCCUUACUAUCUCAUAUUGAUGAGUUGAAAGAAAUUCUCCCAACAGAAACCAAAACUGAGUUGAAAGAAAUUCUCCCAACAGAAACCGAAACCAUUAAGGAAGAACCUAUCGAAGAAAAUAAAGUGAUAGACUCAACUGAUAAAAGUAGAGUGACAGAAUCUGACGAAGAGGAUUACGAAAAGCGAAUGUUCGAAAUUGACGAGAUUAUUCGUCAAGCUCAAAACAAUGUGGAGAAAUUCGCUGAGAUGAAAGAACCUGAAAAGACAGAAUCCUUAGGUAGGGGAGAUUCAAUUGAAGAAGUCUCCAAAGUUCCAGAUUUGGAUCUCGAUGCACCAAUUUCCAAAUGCAAAGAUGAUGAUCCAAUGGUCACAUCUACAGACUCUUUGGAUCUCGAACAGAAUAAAACUAAUCAGUAUGGAAGUACCGACAGUUUGGAUCCGAAGAACCCCGCAUUAGAUAUAAUGACAGCCAGUACGGAUUCUAUAGAAUUCAAUAACCAGCUUAGUAAAAACAUAACGACAGAUAGCAUGGACAAUAAAACAGAGGCCAGCAAUAUGGUUUGCAGUGAUUCACUCGAUAUAGCUGCUGCAGUGAGUAGCAGACCCCAAAUAGAUUCUUUGGAAGAAGACGAACCGAAGAUAUUCGCAGACCAUAGCAGUUCUGAUACUGGAAAGGAUUUCAGUUCUUCUGCCAGAGAUGAUGUGGAUGAACAACUACAUGAGUUGAUGCUGGGUAGUACGGACAGCUUGGAACCGACCAGUUCCACAGCUACACAUGCAACAUACCAAUAUGAAACUGAUUCAGUGUUUUCUGGAAGUUUCACCAGUGGUGGUUCGAACACAAUGGUCUCAUCUACAGAUACAAUUGAUCCUAAUAUUCCCAGUGAGAAUGUAGAUAUUGCUGCAGCAGUUCGUAAAGUUUGGUUUGAUGAAGGAACGUCAGCGUCUGGAAGGAACAUUACAACUGAAUUUUUCGAAGAUUCAUCGAUGCCAUACGUCACUGAAGUGAUUGAACCGAGUGAUGACCCAGCGUUCUCACAUACCAUCCAUAGGAGAGUUCAAAUGCCAAUGGAGGUCAGAAAGGUGACGUUCCACGGUGAAGAGGCAGAUAAGCAACUAGACCAAUUCAUUAAAGACUUCGGUGAAAACGAAGAAGAAGUACACGAAACUGAAGAAAUUGACGCUGAUGGUAAUGUUCACACCAGAAGAGUUGUUCAGAAACGAUUCAUUGUAAGAUCAGGAGAUGAAGCAGUAAAUUUGGGAGACACAUUUAGGACUGAGGGUGACAAACUAACACUUAAUGCGUGUUCUUCCCAACUAACAACAAUAACAAAAACGAUUACAGGUGAAACCUCUCAACCCCAUGAGCACUCUGAUACUAUAUCUUCAAAAGCCCAAGCCUUCCGUAGACGACCACUUAGAUAUGACAUCAGUGUAGACGAUCAAACUGAAGUGGAUCCUAGAGAACACGACUGGCUCUUUUAUUUGAACAAAGAUGAUCAACAGGAAUCUUCAACAGAAGAAGGCUAUGGGCAAAUGAGGCAACAACCACUUGAUCAACACCAGUUGUCCAGUGAAAUGAAGGAACUACUCAAAGAAAUGGAAGAAGCGAGCAAGAAGUAAACCAAGAACAUCAAAUUUUGUAUCGAUAUUCCUAGCUAGACAAUUCAAGUCAUUAAAUUGGCUGAGCCAUUGUUUCAUUGUUGGCGACAUGUUAAUUAACACCAAACUAUAUAAUCUGCUUUGCUUUGAAAUAAGUUUUCGCUUGAAGAUAUUGAAUCAAAAAAAUUUCGAAAGCGACAAAGUUGAAAAGAGGGAAAGUUCCAUUUCGGGAAAUCGCCUUUAUUGCAGAUGUUAUGGCAUAAUAUUUUCAGCAUAUGGUAGAUUUUUGAACAUUUAUAUUUUUAUCAUAUGUUGAUUUUGUUUUGAACAAUAUAAUUGUGAUUAUUCCUAUUCAAUAUCCAUUGAUUUUUAUGACCAAUUGAUGUAAAAUAUUCUGAAUAACAUUAGAUUGAUAACUGAAUAUAGAAGACUAAAAACGAAUAAGGAUAUGUAGUAUGAACUGACAAUGACAAAUAUUUUUUGAUAAGAAAUAUUGUGUUAAUUUGAAAUCAUUUGAAAAUGUCAUUGUGAGUUAUUUCUACGAGGCUAUUGUAUAAAUUUAUAAAAACAGAAAAUCUGAAUGUGUAAUAGUUUCAAAGUACUAUUCAUUCUAUUCUCUAAUGAAGAAUCAAAUGGGUUAGUGGCUUUUCCCAAUUUUUCAUUAGAGAAUUCCUUACUAAAUUAAUUUAUGGUCAACAUGUAUUAUGUGUAUCUAAAUAAAGCUUUCAUUACA